UUCAGGUACGCCAAGACCGAAAGAGCAGCAGUGGCCAGCGAGCGGCCACCGACACUACGGGCAUCGGAACGGGAUCAGGGCAGUCCGCCCGCCUGCCCGCCCGCCCGGGAUGUUUCGCAGCCAGCUGGCAGGCAUGGAUCUGCCACAGCAACCCACUUGCCCGGUGCCAAGGCUGCUGCUACUGCUGUUGUGGAGCUUGGUUCUGCCUUGGCCUGGUGAAGGAUCCCAGCGCAGUAAACCCAUGUUCACAGCAGUCACGGAUCAAAUCCUUCCCCCUGACUAUGACAGCAACCCAACUCAGCUCAACUAUGGUGUGGCUGUGACUGAUGUAGACCAAGAUGGAGACUUCGAGAUUGUCGUGGCUGGGUACAAUGGACCCAACCUGGUGCUGAAGUACGACAAGGCACGGGGACAGCUGUUGAAUCUUGCAGUGGAUGAACACAGCUCCCCCUACUAUGCACUGAGGGAUCGCCAGGGCAAUGCAAUUGGUGUGACAGCUUGUGACAUUGAUGGAGAUGGAAGGGAGGAGAUUUACUUCCUAAACACCAAUAAUGCCUUUUCUGGUGUAGCCACCUAUACAGAUAAACUGUUCAAGUUCCGCAACGGGCACUGGGAGGACAUCUUGAGUGAUGAGGUGAAUCGGGGUGUGGCAAGCCGGUUUGCUGGGCGUUCUGUGGCAUGCGUGGACAGGCUGGGGUCUGGCCGCUAUUCCAUUUACAUAGCUAACUAUGCCAAUGGAAGGGUUGGUCCUCAUGCCCUCAUUGAGAUGGAUACAGCUGCCAGUGACCUAGAGCGUGGCAUUGUGGCACUGAAUGAUGUGGCUGCGGAUGCUGGAGUCAAUAAAUUCACAGGGGGUCGGGGCAUAGCGGUGGGUCCCAUUCUCAGUGAAGCUGCCUCUGACAUAUUUUGUGAUAAUGAGAACGGAGCCAACUUCCUCUUUCAGAACCAGGGUGACGGUACCUUCAUAGAUGUAGCACCCAGUACUGGCUUGGAUGAUCCCUACCAGCAUGGUCGUGGAGUGGCACUGGCUGACUUCAACCGUGAUGGCAAAGUUGACCUAAUCUAUGGUAACUGGAAUGGACCACACCGGCUCUAUCUGCAGAUUAAUGCAGGUGGGCGUAUCCGCUUCCGGGACAUUGCCACGCCCAAACUGUCCAUGCCAUCACCUGUCCGCACCGUCAUCGCUGCUGAUUUUGACAAUGACCAGGAAUUGGAGGUCUUCUUCAACAACAUCGCGUAUCGUGGCUCAUCUGCCAACCGCCUCUUCCGGGUUAUCCGCCGAGAACAUGCCGACCCAGCUAUUGAAGAACUAAACCCUGGUGAUGCUGUGGAACCAGAGGGGCGUGGCACAGGAGGUGUGGUAGUAGAUUUUGAUGGUGAUGGGAAGCUGGAUUUGGUUCUUUCACAUGGCGAAUCCAUGGCACAGCCACUCUCAGUCUUCAAAGUCAAUGAGGGUGCUGGCAACAACUGGCUGCGGGUGAUUCCACGUACACGCUUUGGGGCAUUUGCUCGUGGUGCUAAAGUGGCGCUGUUCACACGGCACAGUGGUGCCCAUCUGCGCAUCAUUGAUGGAGGGUCUGGGUACUUGUGUGAGAUGGAGCCUGUUGCCCAUUUCGGCCUGGGGCAGGAUGAGCCCAGCAGCCUGGAAGUGACUUGGCCAGAUGGCAAGUUUAUCAGCCGGGCUGUAGUGAGCACUGAGACCAAUUCUGUACUGGAAAUUCUCUAUCCCCAGGACACAUCAGGGUCACCCACCAUUAUACCUCCUCUUGAGUGUGGCCAAGGAUUCUCUCAGCACAAGAAUGGGCGCUGUGUUGACACGGAUGAGUGUGCAGAAUUUCCUUUUGUGUGUCCAAGAGGCAGACCCAUCUGCAUCAACACUUAUGGUGGAUACCAUUGCCGCAGCAACAAGCGCUGUAACCGGGGCUUUGAACCCAAUGAGGACGGCACUGCUUGUGUUGCUCAAGUGGCCUUUUUCGGUGGAUACCCUUCUUCAGGGAGCUGGCCGGGCUCGACCUUGCCAUCAGCCCCUCUCCUUUCACUUUGCCUUGGACUCUGCUUUUACUCCUAUGCACUUUAAGCCUUGCCAAUAAAGGACAGAAGCAGCCUUUAUGGAUGACCUGGCCUCCCUCUCCUCCUUCCCUCCACAUCCUCUCAUCCAGUUUUCUCAUGGUUGUCCCUGGAAACAUGAACUGAAGUGGGGCAUCCACUGUACAGCCCAGCUGAUGACACUGGCACUAGCAACACACCCUUUGCAUGUUUUCUGAGAAAACAGAGAGGGCAGAUGCGCCACCAAUGCUGGUCACCUCUAUAUGGUGGCCGUCUUCUUAGGAGCUCGCCUAUAACCAAGAAGGUAGCUCUUGAUGGUAGUUGCUUGCUUGGUUAAAAUCAAUACAGUUACUCUGUGCCUGCUGGUUUGGCCUAUGACAUAAUUGUUUCCCAUCCUUCCUCAUGCUCCUCCUCCUCUUCCCCUGCAGCCCAAUUACAAACCUGGAUCUUGGUUUGUCUGCAAUUUAAAUAAACAAUCUUCCACUGGAGUAUCACUCUCCCCUAACAACCCACCACCACCACCACCAAUAAACUCUACACUGUUGACAAGCAUAUGCUUGCAACUAUGCUUGGGAUGUGGGUGAGAUUGCGGAUAAUUGCUAAUAUUCAGAAGAAAAUUGGCCAGAAAAUUAGUGUUAAGCUUUGUGCCUGUUUCCUGUGUGGCAGACGUAUGAAUGUCUAAGGGCAGUUGGGUAACCAGUCAUAAGAUUCUGGGUUUUACUUCAUUUUAAAACAAGCAAGCAGCCAGUCCUGCUGAAUUCUGCUCUACAGGGCCCUGCACAGCUGAUCAGAAGUCCUGUCCUGGUAGAAUCUCUGAUAGAAGUUGCUUCCAGUUUGCAGCAGCACAUUUCCCAUUUGCCUUUCAACAUUUCUACUAUAUUUGUAUUUUUUACUUCUUUACCACAGCCCUCUCCAACUUGAGUCCAUUCCAGAUG